UUUCAUCUUGAAAAUAUGGAGAAAUUACAUGGUAUAUAGAAGAUUAAUUAGUAUUUUCUUAUAUGAUUAAUAUAUUUUAUAUAUUGAAUCUUUUGGUAAAAUUUUACCCCGUCUAGGCGUUUAGACAGGUGGAGCAAGGGGUUCAUUUAAAUCUCCUUCAUUGAAAAAUCAUAUUGAGUAUUCAGAUUAUUUAUUAUAUAGCUUAUUCUAUUUCAAACCCCUUAUUAAAAAUUCUAACGGUAUCACCAUUUUUCUCUCGGUGAGCCUAUUUGUCUUGAAGUUCAAAAAAUACAGUACCAGUAGUUUAAAGAAGAAGUAUAGUAGAAGGAAGUGGUAGUUGAUAACCAAUGAGGUAGAAAAGUAGCAGUGACACAACAGGAAGGUUUCUUGGGCUGCUUUUUCCCAUGCACUUGUCUUCUUCACAUCCAACAUCACUUUCUAUGUUUUUUGUAUGUGUACCAUCACUCUCUCUCAUUCUAAUUUUCCUCUCAUUUCAUUGAUAAAUUUGUGGUCCUUACCCUCCUUUAUAGCUUCAUCAUUACCUCCUUCUCUUAUAUUUUCUAACUACCAGUACCACUCCUCUUUAAUUACUAUUAGUCUACUACUUGUUCUUCCACUUCCCCCACUUGCUAUUCAACACAAUUAAGAGCUUUAAUUUAUUAACCUAGCUAGCUAGCUAUAUUCAUUUCUCUAUCAACAAAACAAGGGAAAUUAACAAAUAUAAUUAGUUGAAGAUUCAGAAUUAUGUCAGGGAGAAGGUCUAGACAGUCAGAGGGGGGCACGUCCCGGAUUUCAGAUGAUCAGAUCAUCGAACUUGUCUCCAAAUUGCAGCAGCUUCUUCCUGAAAUUCGCAAUCGUCGCUCUAACAAGGCAUCAGCCUCUAAGGUGCUUCAAGAAACAUGCAACUACAUUAGAAAUUUGCAUAAAGAGGUGGAUGAUCUCAGUGAUAGACUUUCUCAGUUAUUGUCCACUAUUGAUGCUGAUAGUCCAGAAGCUGCAAUCAUUCGUAGUUUAAUUAUGUAAUUUUUCAAUCAUUUAUUUAUAUGUUAUAUAUAUUAUAUUGGGUGCAUUCUACUAUAUAUACCUACUACCUAGUUCUGUGUUUCUUGGUAAUUCCCCUCGAGACCUUUGGUCGAUAUUACCUAGUCCAAUUUCAUUAUUUAGAAUAGUAUCUAUUGGACCUAAUUAUGAACAUGCACGUGGUUGUAAUGAUAUUUUCCAAUUUUAUUUACAGACUUUGCUCGA